AUGCAAAUUAUGGACCUGCAGACGCAACUUGACCAGCUAGCUGCGCAAAAUUCAGCUGUCGAGACCGCCAAGGCCAAAGCUGAGGAGGCUUUACAAGCUGCACAACAUCAGCGCCAAGUUGACGAGCAACUGGUACUUGAAGAGGUAGAAGCACGUGACCGUCAGAUUCACCAAAGAGAUAUCGACAUUGCGCAACUCAAGGAUACGCUUCAGCGGCUACAAGAGGAGAUUGCGCGCUUAAAUCAACUCAACAACGCACUAACAGACGCCAAUCGCAACCUGACCAACGAUGCCAAUGAACGAUAUGGUCAACUCCAGUCUGAGGGACAAAUGGUGCAUGAGCAAUGGCAGGCGUCGCAGCGAGAGCUAGAGAGCCUUCGCAAGCUUCGCCGCCAGCAUACCCAGAUGCAGCGAGGUCUCGCAGAUGCAGUCCGCGAUGAAGUUGGCGAAGCACUCGAUGAGCGCAAUGCCGAGAUCGACCGUCUAACCGCAGAGCUUGCGACUGCACGCGAACAGAUCAAAAACCUUCAAAAGCAGAUCUUGGCUUCGAAGAAGCCUAGCGAGAGCUUCCUCACUGUUCGCGAUGAGGACUACUUUGACAGCGCCUGCCAACAACUGUGUCAACAUGUCCAGCAGUGGGUGCUGCGGUUCUCCAAGUUCUCUGACACUCGCGCAUGUCGCCUCUCAUCAGAGAUUGCAGCUGAUACUCGGCUGGAUGCAUCGACGCGUCAGAAGAUCGACACUCGUCUUGACAAUGCCAUUCUCGAUGGCUCAGAUGUCGAUGCGCUCCUAGCGGACCGUGUCAAGCGCCGAGAUGUCUUCAUGUCAGUGGUCAUGACUAUGAUCUGGGAGUACGUCUUCACCAGGUACCUAUUCGGUAUGGACAGAGAACAGCGCCAGAAACUCAAGGCGCUGGAGAAGACGCUUUCAGAAGUCGGACCACCACGUGCGGUGGCACAAUGGCGAGCGAUCACACUUACUCUCCUAGCGAGAAGAGAGCCUUUCAUGCAGCAGCGCGCUCAAGACACUGAAGCUGUCGUGCAUGAGAUCUACAGCACACUCUCGACACUACUUCCACCACCAUCGCAUCUGCAGCGCCAGAUCCAGGAGUCGUUGCGCAACGUCAUGCGCUUGGCGGUGGAGCUAUCAAUUGAGAUGCGCACCCAACGCGCGGAAUACAUCAUGCUGCCGCCGCUGCAACCCGAGUACGAUACUAAGGGUGAUCUCGUCGCCAAGGUCACUUUCAACGCCUCCCUCAUGAACGAACGGUCAGGCGAGACGACGUCGAACGACGAACUCCAAGCCCGUGGGUCGGUAGUCAAGAUCGUACUGUUCCCCCUAGUCGUCAAGAAGGGCGACGACUUCGGCGAAGGCGAGGACGAGAUUGUCGUCUGCCCAGCCCAAGUCCUGGUCGCCGGAACCAAGAGCAGGAAGGUAGUCAGGGUCAUGAGUGGAGCGAUGUCGAUCAAUCGUCCCGACUCACGAGCAAGUCGCAUCAGUCGGGUAACGAGCGUCGCGCCCCCUGAGAGCACGAUCAUGGACUACGAGCAACCUGGCAGCAACAUGAUCUAG